AUGGCUCAGGGGAACUUGAAAUUGAAAAAUAAGGCGCCUGCUAGAGUCACCAAAAAACAAAUCAACCCUAAGAAAGCAUCUCCAAGAGUUUACAAGCCAAAGAAGGGAGAUUUGACCGCAAACUUGGCGAAAACGCAUCAUUCUAAAUUGGUGGUCGAUACUGAAAAGUUGGUUUCUAGUAGAGUUGGACAUUUGGAGUUAUUAAAAGGGUCUAGAAGACAACUUGAAAAGGCUAACAAGAAGAAAUGA